UUGUUCCCACAGAAGAAAUCACUCGGUAAACAAUUAAUCCCUUGUCUGACAAACACCAACCUCUUAAAAAAACAUAUCCUUCUGAAGGCAUGUAACUAGCUUUUGCAUUCACCUCCUAAGCUUAUAUUCCAGUAUUAAUCAUCUGCUUUAAUGCCAAAAGUUGGAAGACCUAACUGGUUUGAAGGCUGUGUUGAAUCUACGUUAUGUGAUCAUGUGAUUAUUGAAUCUAGGUCGUUCCCCUAAAGUGACGCGUUGUGCCUGCCUCCGGGGUGUUUCGAAAAGUGAGCAAGGGGCACCGCAUCGACGCCUGGGUGCGGUGGAAAAUCGGCAAAGGUUUCUACAUUUUUCUGAACGAGUGCGGGUAAAGAAGCUAGUCCAAUACUAUAAGUCUAGGGUAACUACUUGGAAUAUAGGAACCUUAAGACGAUAGAAUUUGUAGAUGUUAUGAUUAGGAGGAGAGUUAGUAUAGCAUGCGUACAAGAAACUAAGUGGACGGGUGAAAAGCUAGGGAAAUUAAGGAUACCGGUUUUAAACUGUAUUAUAGUGGUAAGGAUAGACGCAGAAAUGGGGUAGGAAUCAUAGUUGCCAAGGGUCUUAUGGAAAAUGUAGAAGUGGUCAUUAGAGAAAGGAAAUGUUGGUCUGACCUAUUCUCUACAGAUAGCACCAAAGGCUCGAUCAUAUACUAUCACAAUUUCCUGUUAAUUAGUUCUUGAUACAUAGAUACAUACACACCAAAAUGGGGACCACUAUUCUCAAUUGGUACUUUAUCUUAUUUUUCGGCCAUGCUACUUUGCUUCCAACCCUAAUGGCCAACAUUGGCCAAUUCGAUGAGGUGUGGCAAAGGCGAACAGAGGAAGCAAAAGAGGCCGCCCUUAAUUCCUAUGAAUCAGAUCCUUCAAUAGUCACUGAUAGCUUAAACAAAGAAGUUCACAGGUAGGUGUUUUAUUUUGACAUCAAGGCAAAUAUAUAUCAUUGACAUAUUAUAAUCAAUAUAUAGAUAGUUGAUAUUUAUGCAUAUAUAUAUUUUGUGCAGGACUUUAAAGAGCAUCAAAUUGACAAGCAAUGCCACUAUGUCAAGCAACAUCCAUUUGACAAGCAACAGCACUAGAAAGCACCUAAAGGGAAAACGAUACGGUGGUCCAUGCUUGGCUACCAACCCAAUUGAUAGGUGUUGGAGAUGCCAACCAAAUUGGCAUCUUAACCGAAAGAGACUAGCAGAUUGUGUCCUUGGCUUUGGUUACAAGACAACCGGUGGUAAGGCUGGAAAAUUUUAUGCUGUGACAGAAAAUUCAGACGAUUCUAGUAGACCAAAACCCGGAAGCCUCCGCCAUGCUGUGAGCCAAAAGGAGCCAUUGUGGGUCAUAUUCGCACGCAGCAUGAAUAUCAGGCUAACUGAGGAGUUGAUCAUGCAGGGUGAUAAGAUUAUUGAUGGCCGUGGGGCUCAUGUAAACAUUAUUGGUGGGGCUGGUAUCACCAUCCAGUUUAUAAAGAAUGUGAUCGUUCAUAAUCUUCAUAUACGAAAUAUUGUUUCUGCCAAUGGUGGCAACGUCAUAGAUGCCGUUGACCAUAUUGGCUUUAGGACGAGGAGUGAUGGGGAUGGCAUUUCAAUCUAUGGAUCUUCCAAUGUUUGGAUUGAUCAUGUCUCUAUGUCUAACUGUGUGGAAGGCCUCAUUGAUGCCAUUGAGGGAUCCACUGCUAUCACCAUUUCAAAUAGCCAUUUCACAGUCAUAAUGAGGUAACAUAAUUGAUUUGUAUUAGUUGGAUGCGUUUUCAUCUUCUAAGCUAAGUGAUAUAAUGAACUAAUAAAAAUUCAAAUUAUCGCAAGUGUAAUA